GCUACAGUCACUUUUGGUGAUUUUACAAACUUUAUCCCACAAAAAAUAGUAUUUUACAAAUUCUUUUUUACCAUUCGAGGCUAGGAUCUUGUUUAUAGUCUUAUGUAGUAUGAGUAUUGUGAAUCCAACCGGUAUUGAGUCAUUUGGUGUGGAGAUAUUUAGUCUAGAAAAGUGUAGUUAGUGUCAAAUUGCCCGGCAUUAUAGAGGAAGUCUUUUGAAAUCGUAGCGGCAUUGUGAGCCUCAGUCAAGCACACCACGUCUAACUACAGUGAUCGCAACUUUUAUGCUCUCAAAAAUCAUCUCUGGACCUUCCUACACCUUUAAUAUUAAGAUCACAAGGUUAGAAAACAUCUGUACUCUUGUGGUUGUCGGAUUAACGAGUUGAGCUGAGUUCGCAGCUCAGUUUGGGAGACUUUUCGCGCACUGUUCACAGUACGAGUAUUUCCUUGGCAAGUCAAUGCCCCUACUAAAGAGAAAGCCGUUCACCCCCGAGAAACCGCCACCAGAGCUCAAGCCUAGCGAUGAAGUCUUCGUUUGUCGACAUACAAAUGAGGUUUUCACAGAUUAUGAGUCUUUCUUCAAGCGAACCAUAUUAUGCAACAGCUUAGUCUGGAGCUGCCAGUUCAGUGGUAAAAGCAAUCUUACUUACCAUGAAGCCUUAGAAUCAGAGCAAGAAAUAAUCAAGCAAGCAGAGAGUCUCUGUACUCCCCUUCAACUGGCAGCCCUUACUCUGGUACACCAUAUCCAACGUGGUCGACUUGCUAAUUUAUGCGAUGAAGUUUUUUCCUACCUCAAAGAUCGUUACCAAGAAGGCGAAGAUGUCGAAGUUCAGCAUUUAGGGAAAAAGAGAAAGGGAAAGAUUCAAAAAGUAAUAGAGCCUGAGAAGCUGACAAAUGGCUUGGAAAAUCCAUUGGGAUCUCCAAAGUCCAGGAAAUCUAGUACCAGCUCUACCAAAGAUAAAAAGGUGGAAAAAUCUACAGGAACACCAUCCAAAAUUAGAAAAACCAGUGCUACUGAUAAAGAGACACCAGUGAAGUCCAGAAAAACCAGCGAAAGUAGCUGCAAGUCACCUGGCAAAGUUAAGUCUCCUUUGGAAGGUACUCCAGGUAAAUCCAGGAAAAACAGCUCCAAAGAAAGUCUUGUGUCCCCCAAAAAACUAAUUGACAAAGAAACAUCAACACCCAAGUCAAAAAAGUCACAGAAAAAUGUCUCUGAAAAAUUAAAAUCACCCAAGUCAAAAACUUCCCCUUCCGAACCACAUGGAGAUAUAGUCAUUGUUGAAGACGACGAUGAGUUAAAUGAAAAACAAAAGGACAAAAAAGGAGAAUCUCCUGUGAAGUCCCCAAAGGGAAAAAGUAUGAGUUUCUGGCCUGAUCCAAAGACCUACAAAUAUGCUGUCCAACUUUACCCAGAAAAGAAACCCAAGGGUAAAGAAGACAAGAAAACUUGCAAGGAAGUUAUAAUUGUUGAAUUUAACCAAGUCAGUCGCAUAAGAGGCUCCUUUUCCAGAGAUAAACUGAAAAACUUUCUGAAGUUAUCCUGUGUGAGAAGUACUCAACAAACUGAUGAUGGCUUCUACUAUGUCAAGGUUGAAUAUAGAAAGAAGUUUGAUCUUGGUGAACCCAUGUUUGAGAUACCCUUACAGUUGAGUUCUCCUCCCAAGGGGAAGUCAAGAAAAAGAAAAAAGUCUACAGUUGAAGAUGACAAAGAAUCUAGUUCUGUUAAGAAGAAAAAGCUUGGAGGAGAAGAUGGUAAAGAAAAAGCUAAGAAACGAAAGAGUAAAGGAGAUGGAAAAGACAACAAGAAAACCGAUACAACGCAGGUCAAGAAAUUGACACCAGAAGAGAAGCUGAAAAUUAUAGAAGAAGAACGUGAAAAAAGAAGGAUGAUGAUUGAGGAAGACAAAGAGAAAAGAAGACUUCAAAGAGAACAGGAGAGAUUGGAAAUGAAAACCAAAAGAGAAGAAGUGAGAGCACAGAAAAAGAUGGAACGAGAUCAGGAAAGAGAGAAAUUGAGAGAACAGAAGAGACAGGAAGCCUUGUGGCUGAAAGAAUGGAGCAAGCCAAGAGAAGACCUUGAACUUGAUGACCUUAAGGAUCUUCCCCAACCUCAACCAGUGCAAGUGAAGAUCUCCAAUGAGUUGUUUGGAGAGGCUGUCAUGGUUCUUGAAUUCCUCAGUGUUUUUGGUUCACUCUUUGACAUUAAGGAUGAAUUCCCAUCUGGUCUUAAUUACUCGAUGCUUGAAGAAGCCUUAGCAGAGCAAGAUGCAGAAGGUGUUUUCUAUGACUUACUACAAUUUCUUCUGGGUGCCAUCCUAAGAACACACAUGGAGGAAGAAGAAGAUGAGGGACUUGAAACUGCUGAUGCUCAGACACGCAUAGAACUAGAUGAUGAAGAUUAUCACAGGGCUAAGGUGUCGGCAUCAGCUGCUAUGGCUGCUGUAUGGCCCAUACUGCAUCAGGGAAAGCCACUACAUGAACUUAUUAUGGAUCCAUUUACAUGUACAGAGCUGUUGAGGCUUCACCUCUUGUCAUCAGGUGCAAGAGUUGGCUGUGGUGAUCCUCAAUAUCGUUGGCAAAGUCGUGGUGGUUUCACCUACUCAGAUGAUGCUGGUGUUGAAUUUCGCCAUCGUGAACCUCAAAUCAUGAAAGCACUGGUGACCAGUUCUGUCUAUGAUUUAUCUGCUGAAGAGAAACUCAAGAUCCUGAUAGCUUUAUGUGGACAGUUAAUGACGUACGCAACUUCAAGGGAACACAUCGAAGAUGGCUUUGACAAGUUGAAGAAAGCAAGACGGGAGUGGCUUUCAGACCAGUGGGCAGAGCAGCGGCGAGAAAAGGAAGAAGCUGCCGCCAGAUACCGUAAACGACAAGAAGAACGCAUGAAACAGAAAGAAGAACUGGAAAAAAAGAAAAAGGAAAAGGACAAUGAGAACAGCCAGGAGGAUGCAGGAAAACCCGAGGCCAUGGAGACAAAUCUCAAAGAUGAAGACAAAGCUGCCAAAGACGCUGAGACAGCCAAACGAGAUUCUAAGAAAGGAAAAAGCAAAAAGAAAAGUGGCAAAGAUUCUGAGGAGAAAACUAACGAGAAUGAGAAUAAACCAGCUAUUGAAGAAAGUGAGAAUAAACAAGAAGAAGUUCAGUUGCUGUCAAAGGAAGAAGAAGAAGAACUAGCCAUGCAGAAGAAGAUCGAUCGUGAGCGUCGAGAGCAGGAUUACUUGAAUGAAAUGCGUAAAGCUGUGUCCAUGAGCAGUAUUCAGCCACUUGGUCGAGACAGAAUCUAUCGACGUUACUGGAUGUUUAGAUCCUUGAACGGCUUGUACAUUGAAGAUGACGAUCCGRACUUACCGAAGUUUCUGGAGACGAUUUUUGAAGAGGAAAACUGCGAGGAAGAGCAGCAAGAAUGCGAUAAUCAAGAGAAAACGGAGGAAAACCAAGACCAAGGUACCGAGGGGGCUGACAAGAAUGAGAGCAAGUCCAAUGACUCAGUUGGGGCGGAAAAAGAACGUGGAAUUCAACAGAGUGCAGACAAAUUAACCGGAUUAAAAUCAGCGUUGAAGAGUGACUUUGAUAAGAUGGCCAAGGAUAGGGUGAUAACAAAAUCCUUGAACAUGCAACAGAAAGCAAAACGAUCCGAGGUUAUCGCUAAGUACAGCGACAGGGAGGAGAUAACUCGAUGGUCCUUCAUUGCUGGAGUCGAUGACUUGGAGAGUCUUGUCAAGUCUCUAAACCCUCGAGGACAUCGUGAACGACUACUACGUGAAGCUUUACAACUAGACUACAAGUACCUCUCUAAGACCAUUGAAAAAUGUCCGUUUAAAGAAGAAAACAUCGUCCCUAAAAAGGCCCCAAAACCUAAAUCCCGCAAACAACAAACAGUUGAUAAAAGCCAGUUUAAGAACACAGAGGAUUUCGUUGAAGCCAACCUUCGCGACCAGAUCUUGGAUCUGGAAGAUCGGCUCUGGCAGGGAGGGUUAGGAGUUGUUAAGGUAGAAGAUCGUGCUGCGUGGAGAGCUAAAGUCGAAAAUGGGAUAUACAGUCAUUUAGACAAGACUGGAGACACGGAGAACAAAGAAGCAGGGGUGAACGGUGUAAAAGAGAACGAAGUCAAGGCCGAAACAGAUAGUGAUGUGUCCAUGAAGGAAGAUGAAAAGAAAGACAAAACGCUCGUUAAUGGAAUGAAUGAUAAACCAAUGGACGAGGAAGUGAAAAUAAAGGAAGAAAAAGAGGACGCAAAAGAAGCAGUGCUGACAAACGGAGACUUUGACGGCAGCGAGAUAGAUACGGAACCAGAACUAGUCAAAGUCGAAGCUCAGACGAAGGAAUCCGUGCCAGACGAAUCUGUUUUUAAAGCAAUUCCUCCCCAUUUGAAGCUUGAUCUUGGCAAAGGCCGCACUUCCUUCUCACCACCUGACUCGCGCACAGGGACCCCUGUCAUUAGCUUGGCACCAAACUUCGAGCAUACUAACCCAGCCGUGAAAGAACUGGCACUAGCUCUUCUAAAGGUUGAGCAAGGAAUAGAAUCGAAGUAUUUAAGUCCUCCUCUCGGAGAAGACGAAGAAACCAAACGCCAAAAGCAGAAAGACGCUGCAGCUCUUGCUUUAACAGAGUUCAACGAAAUGAUGAAAGCUGCAGUCGAAGGGAAAGACAAAAAGAAGAAAGCCAAAACCGAACAGAAUGAGAAAGAUGGCUCCGAGACGAAGAGCCCUGUAAACGAAGACACCGAAGAUGGCGAGACAAAAGAAGACGACGAUGAUGACCGAAGUAGUAACUCAAGCAAAGCUAAAGACCCGCCAAAACAGAAAACGUGCCUUGAACGUUGGGAAGAAUCCCUUAUGGCCUGCACAAGUCUCUCUCAAGUAUUCGUUCAUCUUAACACUCUCGAUGGAUCUGUGACUUGGAGUAAAUCGGUGUUGAAUGCGCGAUGUCGGCUGUGUAGGAGAAAGGGCGACGCAGAGAAGAUGUUACUGUGUGACGCUUGUGAUCGCGGUCAUCAUAUGUAUUGCCUUAAACCACCGAUCAAAGAGAUUCCAGAAGGUAACUGGUUUUGUCCAGAUUGUCGUCCAAAAGAAACGAGACGAAGCGAACGAAGACGAAGAGCACCUCGCGCGGCAGACGAUGAAGACGAGACCGAUGAACAGGCAGAAGAUGACAGUGAUAGUGAAACAGAAGAAGAAAGCGAAGAAGAAAGUGACACAGAGGAAGAUAGCGACGAAGAAGAAGUUAGCGAUGCAGAUUCGGAGCAUGUGGAUAUGUGUGCACAGUGUGAACAAGGUGGUGAACUACUUUGCUGUGAUGUUUGUCCUCUUGCUUAUCACGUGGACUGUGCAUAUCCACCCCUUCGACGCAUACCGCGAGGGAACUGGGCCUGUCAGGUUUGUACUGGUGCUGACGAGGAGCGCCCGAAGAAAUGUAGAGUCAAGAAAUCAAUAAUCAAAGCUGCUCUUCGUAACGCAAAAGAGAUCGAAAAGCAGAAGUCUGGUCGAAGUUCUAAAUCGAAGAAGACAAAAAGUAACAAGCGUUCCUUGUCACCGGUGACACCAAAACAACGAGGAAGAAAAGAGAGCACUGAUAGUGGACCAAAAUCAUCAAAACGACGCAAAGUACAAGAAUCGUCGUCAUCAACAACGCCGUCAUCAGCCGCACUAACUACGUCUACAAGAAGUAAGCGAAAUAUACCCGCUUCUCUUCGAAUCAAAGGCCGCUCAUCGGUCGAUUCAUCUCGUUCUCCAUCACCCGUCCGAAAGGCGCCUAUGAGGCGCGAUCCGCGUGUUACUGGUAGACUUAUCAAAUGUGGAAGGCUUUUGGAUGAAGUUAUUGGGCAUGCUGACGCUGAUUUCUUUACUGAAAAGAUUAGUCUUUCUAAGUUUCCAAACUAUAAUCGUAACCCAACAAAUCUGGAAAUCAUCAAGACAAACCUUAGAGAAAAUGCUUAUGAUUCUGUGGAGGAUUUCAUUUCCGAUGUCAGAAAAGUAUUUAUAGACUGUGCCGAACAUUUCCGACCGAGAGCGAAGGAAGCCCGAGCUGGCGUCYGGCUCUCGGCUUUUUUCGAGACACGUUUAUCUGAAAUGGGACUUGACACAAGUGAGAGAUCUGUGCGAAGCUGUCGAAGGAUGUAAAUGUGCUUGUUCGACAUUACGGUUGUAAAACAGUUUCGUUUGGUUUGAUUGACUGACAAGAAGCCAUUUAUAUGUUGGCAUCAGGAUUGUUUUCUAAAGGAUGUGUCCUGCAAGCCUUCAGAAAAAUAAUACAAGUUGUGUGAAAGUAAAUCUCUCACCUUUUCAGUGCCUUACUAAACAUGAAGACUAUCUUCGGUAAUGAAGAAACCAUGCGAAUAACCUAGACAGUACUGUUAAGGCAGGUCACAAGAGGAUUUCUGCAAAUUUUGAAUCUCAUUCUCAGAAUAUGACAUGCAUUCUCAAUGCAUUGAACUGUACAUGCAUGCAUUUUAUGUUUUAUUAUUAUUUCGUCGUUCCCCCCCCCCCCCUACAUUCUUUACUUGAUUCUUGCAAUGUGAUUAUUAAGUCAUUAGACAUUUAUCAUAGUGUUGUAAGCCUUAGAAUCAAAUGUACAUUCAACUAUGAUACUCAGUGAACUAAAAUGAAUUUGGAAUAUUUCACUCUAUGUGUUUGUUUUUUUCGAAUGGUCAUACUCGCAAGGCAUUAUGGUUGGAUGUACAAAUUGAACUCUUAAACCCACAACUGCAACAAGUGUGCACUAAAGGUGUGAAUGAAUAUUGAAGUGCAAGGAAAGAGAUUAGCCUUUGAGAGGGCCAGACCCUGUCUCCUUAUCCUCCUGUACAACCCCAGGGGUGGAUCCAGGAUUUUAUUGAGGGAGGGGUGCUGCACACGAAAUUAACCCAGGGUGGGGGGAACGCCUUAGGUCAAAUCGAAAAAACCUAAUUUGUUAUCUUUGAAGUAGGGGCACAAAGUCAAACCAGGGAAGUUGUACAUCCCCUGCACCCCUCUCUUGGAUCUGCCCCUGAACCCUAUACAGGUUUACCUCAUAAUGCCCAUCAUACCAUAGUGGGCACUACUGUGGCAUCUUUUCUGGUACCUCAUGAAAUACGUCUGAUAGUUUUCACUAAAAAAAACUUGUUUUGAUUUGCUUGAGAAUUGUGUGUGAGCAUCAUUUUAAGCUUCUAGUCGUAAAUCUUUGAGCUACAGUCUACACAUUUUUUGCUAAGAGUUAGUAUCAGGAUUCAAACUUUUCACAUCAACUCCCAAUGUACCCCCUAAUAAUGAAUCUGUGGAUAAUGAAACAAAAACUUCUGUUUUCUCUCCAAGUUGGGAAUUAAUUGCUUCAAACAGUUAGAGUAAGGACAAUUUUAUAUAUAAAAAACGAUCAAUCUAGUGAUGUAUAUAUGCAUACUUUAUAUCUUGUAAUAGCAAACAAGGUGUGUUUUUCAGUUUUUCUUAAUUCCCAGGUUUCAAACUCAAACCCCCCAAAAGACAUAAAGAAAAUACUGUAGCAGGCAAAUUUUAACCAAGUUGUGCAGCCUUCAUUGUCGCUUAUAUUAACGAGCUAUACUCAACAAAAACAAUUGUAUUUCAACAUGUUUUUUUAUCAGGACAAAUGAAUGGAGCAAGGAUAGAAGUGUUGUGCAGGAUUGAAAUGAACAAAUGCUUUGCUCAAGAAUGUUCCUAAUCACUAUUGCAUGAGUUGUUUAGAUGCUGGAAAGCUUGACAAAAUAAGCUACAUGCUAUAACGUGCAUAAAGACAAUAUAUCUUUAUAAAUGGUUUAUAAUAAGUAUGAUGAACAGAGGUGUUGAAAUAAAACUGGGAUUUACAAUGA